AUUUGUGGCACAAGGCAAUAUCCUGGCACACCUCCCCAAGAGAGUGGCCCGCUCAGACAGAGCCCAUGCUGCCUAACUCUGGUUGGGAACCCGGAGACACAUCGCAGAUGCACCAGAGGCCAUCUGUCGCGACACCAGGAGGAGGCAUUUUCCGUGCAGUGGGCACAGAAAAAAAAGAGAGAGAGAGAGAGAGUGAGAGGGAGAAAACGAGGGAGAAUGUCUGCCAGAAUUAGAUCAAUAUGAGACAAUCUUUUUCACUGGAUGCUGGCCUGGAGUUUUCGGCUGCAACGGUAGCUGAAAAGUGCCUUCCUUGAAGCCCGUGCCGCCACCAUCGCUUGGAUAUCUCUCUAGGGCUUUGCCUCGCUCGCUUUUGGGAAAAAAAACAACAACGUGUAUAUAUAUAUAUAUAUAUAUAUAUAUAUAUAUAUAUCCUUCCUUUUUUGCUUUUGCUUUUUUUAAAGUUUGGUGUUGCUUGCAGUUCAUAUCCUGACAGCAACUCAUACAUCUUUGCUUUUUUUCCCCCCUUCCUAACCCUUACAACUCAGUUUGCUCAGCCAUUUCUGCCCCUGACUAUGUAUUAAACUCAACUCUCUGUCUCUUUUAAAACAUAUUACAAAGAAAGAAAGAGGGAAAUCAUAAACAAACAAAAAAUCAAUUGUUGAUUUUAUUGCUUGUAACUCCCAUCUUCAAUUUUUUAGAAGCAGGAAGGUAGGGUAGGAACUUGUUAAAAGAUUUCUUCCCCCGUCAAGAAACGAAACCAACCAUUCCACUCAACCGGCAGAAUCGCUAGCAGCGUCUCUCUCUUUUUUUUUUUGGUGUGAGAAUAAUUGAAACCAGUAUCUGGAGAGCACAGAAUUCUUUGGAGGGGAAAAAAAAAUAAAUGUCUGCCAGUUAUUUUGAAAUAACUUUGGCAGUGGCACAAAAUACUAUAUAUAUAUAAAUAUAUAACAUUUCUAUUUUAACUUCGACAAUUGCACUUUUAGGAGCUGGCCUCUAAUUUGAUUUUUCAGUUAAUUCUGAUGAGAUUUCUAUUUUAUGAUUGGCUUUAUGUUUAAUCCUUGUUUUUGACAGACACAAUUUGAGUUCAAUGGAAACCUAAGUGCUGACAAAUAGAAAUUUUACCAAAGCUACUAGUUUUUUCUUCACUUUUUUUUAACUUGAAUUCCUCUUUUAUCCUCCCCGCCCUUCUUAGAAAAAUCAGACGUCCUCUUGCUCCUGAAGAAGGGCGCGGUUGCUUGCGUUUUUCAUUUUCUCUCCCCCCCUCCCUUCCUUUUUUGGGGGGUGGUUUUUAAUAUGGCUGUGAACGUUUCUUUGGUUCGUGAUACAAAAUGGCUCACAUUGGAAGUAUGUCGAGAAUUUCAGAGAGGAACUUGUUCUCGCUCUGACACAGAGUGCAAGUUUGCCCACCCGUCACGGAGUUGCCACGUAGAAAAUGGACGAGUUAUUGCCUGCUUCGACUCCCUGAAGGGCCGGUGCACUCGAGAAAACUGCAAAUACCUUCAUCCUCCACCGCACUUAAAAACACAGCUCGAAAUCAACGGACGCAACAACCUGAUUCAGCAAAAGACAGCCGCAGCCAUGUUUGCACAGCAAAUGCAAUUCAUGCUACCGGGAGCACAAUUGCAGCCAAUUACGACAUUUCCUGUGACUCCUUCUCUUGCAACUAGCCCUACAAUGGCGUUUAGUCCCUACUUAAGUCACGUUUCUCCUGGAAUGGGCCUGGUUCCUGCAGAGCUGUUACCAAAUACACCUGUCCUGGUGUCCGGGAACCCAGCCGUUUCGGUGCCGGGGAGCUCAGCUGGGCAGAAAUUGAUGAGGACAGAUAAACUGGAGGUUUGCCGGGAGUUUCAGCGUGGAAAUUGCACACGCGGUGAGAACGAUUGCCGUUAUGCUCACCCGAUAGAUAUUGCCAUGAUAGACACAAACGAGAACACUGUUACGGUUUGCAUGGACUACAUCAAAGGGCGAUGCUCUAGGGAGAAAUGCAAGUACUUUCAUCCCCCUGCACACCUGCAAGCCAAAAUCAAGGCAGCUCAACACCAGGUGAAUCAAACUGCUGCGGCUGCAAUGACUCAGCCAGCUGUCCGAUCACUGAAGCGACCCCUCGAGGCAACCUUUGACCUGGCUUUGCCACCUGGUGCACUUCAACCUUUACCAAAGAGGCCAGCGCUUGAAAAAAACAAUGGUGCCACCACAGUCUUUAACCCAAGUGUUUUCCACUACCAACAGGCCCUCGCAAACAUGCAGUUGCAGCAGCCUGCAUUUAUCCCUACAGUUCCCAUGAUGCACGGUGCUACGCCCACCACUGUGUCUGCAGCAACAACACCUGCCAGCAGCGUUCCUUUCGCUGCAACUGCUACAGCCAAUCAGAUAUCCCAGUUAUCAGUAGAUGAACUAAACAACAGCAUGUUUGUGUCACAAAUGUAGAAGCAAGCAACUGAACACAAACCAUGUCGAAAUUCUGAACCUGAAAUCAUGGAAUUACUGGACUUUUCUCUCUCUGGUGGGAAGCUGCCACUGGGCUCUCUGUCUGUAUAUGCCCAUCCUUUCCUCCUCUACAACAUCUACAGUAAGCAUUUUGCAGCCUACAUGUUAACCAAAAACUGGUCCAUGGGAAUGUCAAACUUUUUUUUUAAAAAAAAAAGCACUAUAGAAAAACAAUUAACAAAACAGCGCCCUGUUAUUCAAGACAUAGAGGUAGAGAACUAUCAUAACAGACUUUUAUAACAUCUUACUUUAACACACUUUAAAAAAACAAAAAAAGCAUUUUUUUUCCUGACUACCAUCAAGAGAAAGUGCUCUCCUGCACAGUGGACUUACUGGUUUAUUGUUCUGUUGUCGAUGGAUAAAUGUUUGUCUGUUUUCAAAGUGUUAUCUUACUGUUUUGUUUACAUCCUAUUGAUUUGUUUGGAGAGAAAAAAGAUGUACAUCAUUAUCAAGUAUACUCAACACCAUUUUCUUCAUUAUCACAUGUCUUACAUUUUCAGAUACUGUGGUUGUUACAGGUUUCUCAACUCUCAUCUCCUUUUUUUUUAAUGAAAAGCUAAGAAUGUUAUACUGGAAAACAGGAAUGACGUGCUUUUAAAAAAGCAAGACACAAUAAUGUUCAAAUAUAUGUUUGUGUGUGGGACUGUGUUUUCUUAGGAACCUUCACCUGAAAAAUAGACUCUACCUCUGAAAUCUCUAGUGGAUUCUCUGAUAAAUAAAAAAAUAAACAUUGGAAGCGAUGGGAAAGGGAUUGCUAUCAAUCCGGUACGGGGAAGGGGAAAUAAAAUGGGUCAAAGCAGGGUUAAACCUUCACGGCCAAGAGGAUUUUCACUCAGAUGGCAGAAAGCAUCAGGCAAAAAAGAGAUUUCUGCAUUCAAGUGCCAUUUUCUGCUUCAAAUGGUACACAGUGUUUUUGAAAUUUUAGCGACCCAGAUUUUUUAAAGUCACAGCAAGAACUAUGACCAAUUUAGUGAAAAUGAGGUUGUCUUGCCAUUGAGAUCAAACUAUUCUGCUAAUUUGCAGACCUCACUGUGAUACAGAACAGAAAAAAAAUAGAAUUACCAUUAAAAUGCAAGUGACCCAUCCUCACAUCCUGUGUUUAACCCAGGAAAGUAGCACCAAAUAGCAGUCUUGCUUCUCCAUUAGGUACUAUCUUUGCAAAACAAGAAAAAAAAUAUUUGGAGAGCAACCUAUUCACGGCUUUCCAUAUAGUGCUUUUUGGAAAUGGAAUCAGAUAGGGGAUCGACAGUAUAGUUCAGUUUAAACUCAUCCAGAGAUUUCUUCCAUGGAUGUUCCAGGUGUUUGUGAGUGCUGUGCCUUAACGUGAGUGUGAUGCAGGUUAAAGAGUGGACUCCAGAUUCUAAUCUGUGUGUGUGUUUAACAUUGAGCAGGGGACAGUAGUUAUUCUAGAUUAACUGACACAGAAAGCCAGUAUAAGAUCUUGUGUGUUUUAAUUCAGCCGCUUUGGCCUCUGCUUGAUGAAGAACACUGUGCAUCAGUGAGGUCAGUCAGUCCCUCAACUCAUUGGCCUGCAUGGUGUGUGUCUUGAGUGAGCCCAUGACAGAAGUGAUUUAAGGUAUAUUCUGAAAGCCUUUUUCUUUUUGGAGUAAACAGUCACAAAUGUCCGCUUUGAAAUUUUUUUAAAUGCAUAAAUUUAAUUGAAUGAAUUAAUAAAGCAUAGGGCCUUCUACCAUCCACUCCAGCUGCACAGCAAAAGUAGACAGGAGAAAGAAAAAGCCUUGCUGGAUAGCAAGGUAAGCAUCCAGCUAUUCCUGUCUGAUGAUCUGUCAAAGGGCCAUCCAUGCAAGGUGACCACCACAAUGUAAGAUAACAUGACGAUCCACAGAGGAAACAAGCCGCAGUAGUGGUCCAGAAUGCAACAAAGAUUAAGAAUGGCUGCCUUAAGUAAUUGCUAUUACAGCCAUGAAUACCAGAAAGUACAGAGAAGAGUUGUAUUCCAGUCAGAAUUCCAGGGCUGUAGUUUGGGGAUACUAUUAUAUAUUUAUUAAUACUUCCUACCCCACCUUUCCUCCAAAAAGGAGCCCAGGGCAACAAACAACAAGCAGGGAAACCAAAAAGCAUCUUAAAAUUUCCAAUACAAAUGCAGAUUGGGAAAGAUUUAUAUUUAUAACCCUUGUUGGAAGGUGAGAAGCGUAAUACUAAAUGACCAGUAGCAUAAAAUGAUAGACAUAGCCUCAGCGUCAAGAAAAAAUCUCAAUGUCCCAAUACAUAGAUGGUCCAUUUCCAUUGCAUCCCUAACGUAUUGUCUGUCAUUAUGAGAGUGACAUUUUAAGCAAUAUGGGAGUACCUUGUGCUCUGUUCUCCUAAACACCUAGCUCCAUGCUGGUGUUGCUUUUCGUGAGUAGCCUUAAGAACCCUCCCUACCACGCCAUGUCAAAAUCUUUGGAAGAACAGAAAGCUGCACCUUUCUCCAACUGGAAGACAAAAGACAGGUAAAUGUGAUUGGCAUGUAAAAACAAGCACACAAAUAUCAAGGAGAAGACCUAAAGCAAAGCUGUCUGUAGAAAUAUCAGCAUCUGAGGAUUCCUGAGCAAAUAUCUUAUUGGCGUCAUGUUUUAAAAAUGGAAUUAAGAGGGUAUUAAUGAAGACCCAAAACUAACAGAGGCCUUCCACCAAAAUUUCUGGUCAAGAAAAAAUAAUCAAUUAAGGAAUAUCCCCCAAGUAGUUUACUUUUGACCAAGACAGCUCGAUCUUCAAUGGAAUGGAAGGUCAUGAGGUGACCAAUCAGUUGAUUUCUAACUUGUGCAUUCAUUGUAGGUGGUCAGAUCAGAACCCACCUUGGGUUCUAAUUUGUUCCAAAUCCAGAUCAACUUCUUCCUUUAGAAUUGGUGACUUUUGUUCUGUGGAUUUAAAGACUUCCUUUAACAGCAGCAGAGUUUUCUUCUUGUACAUGUGGAGGCGGGGAAAUUCCCUGAAAAAUAGGAUUUGGGAUCUCACAGGUUUGUCAGAAUUUCAAUAAGCUAGAAUACCUGGAGAUUCCAUUGCAAAACCCACCUGAAGCCUGCAAACCAGAAGAACCCUCUUCUGGCAGAGAAACAGAUUUGCCAAACUGAGUAAGAAUUCCAGAUUCAAACUCCAGGGGCCUCCAGGAAUUUUCCUGUAGUUUUCUGUGAAAUACUUUUUUUCCCCAAAAUCUCAAAAAGAAUGAAAUUCCUGAUUUGUUUCAUUACCAUCCAUGACUGAGAUUCCUCAUCAAAGGUUGAACCCCAUAAAAUCAGACUAUAUCUGCAAAAAAAUAUAUUCUAAUCUGAUCGGAAAUCGGUCUUUGAACAAGUACAGAAGCUCAUUUUGGUGCUACUUCCCAUGGUCUUUAAACACCCUGACAGGGAGAGGUGGAAAACUGUACAUAUUUCUUCUCAUAGAAUAACAUUAUUUAAUAUAUUUUUGCAUAUUCCCAGUAAAUUUUCAAGAUUCCUGUCUGCCUAAAAACAGGGCCAUACAAACAGUAUAACUGGCCAACAUGUUGUUCAUUGCUAACUUUCUGUUUCCCAGCUUUGUAACAUUGUUAGUGGGAAAAAGGAGAUUUUACUUCCUGGAUAUGAAAAUAUUUGUAUAUUUUAAAAAAUAUGAUGGGUUUUGCACAACCUGUGGCAGUGCCUCAAUAGAGAACAUACCUGAUCUGCUCUAGUCAGGAAGGGUGCACACACACAUAUGCUUAUGCUUGUGUUAGUGACGUUAUGGUUUGGAAAGAGGUUGAGCAUUUGUUUUCAGUGCUAUAAAUGGAUUUUUAUGUAAUAAUCUCGCCACUUUGAUGUAACCCGCUCCUGUUUUUUUCUUUGAAUGAUACUUUUUUAAAAAAGUAUCUUGCAUAGAUAUGUAUAGAAUGUAAACCUAAAAUGUUUCCAUAGCAUUCACGUCACAGUUUUAAAGCACUGAAAAGGUAACACGCCACAGGCACAACAUUUUCUUUGCAAAACGUAGGAGCCAGAGAGCCUGCUGGCUACCACAGCAAACCAGGUGUCCACUCCCCAGGCACAAGGCAUCAGUAGCCACUGGGCACCUGGAUCUUUGCACCCUUGGAACAUCCCAGACAUAAACUUAACGCAUGCACAGAUGAACACACAGGUAAUCUUUCUAAGAUGGAGAUCUAGUGAUAGCUCUUCAGGGUAGACCAGCCUUUCCCAACCAGUGUGCCUCCAGAUGUUGUUGGACCACAACUCCCAUCAGCCUCAGCUACCAUUGCCAGUGGCUGAGGCUGAUGGGAGUUGUGGUCCAACAACAUCUGGAGGCACACCGGUUGGGAAAGGCUGGGGUAGACUGUUCUUUUAGGUGCCACAACAAUUUUUUUACAAUACUAGAGUUAGUGUUUGUUGAAAGAAAAGCGGGGGGUGGGGCGGGGGGGAGAAGCAAAGCUUUUAAAGCACUGGGAAUACCACCAAAUUCAACACAAAGGGAGAGUGUUAAAAAUGCCAUUGUGAGGGUAGCACUAUUUAAAGCUUGUUGUGCAAUGACUUCUUUAUUCAAGAAAGAAAGAAAACGCAGUCGACAGACUAUAAAAUCCAGAAUAGGUGCAUUCUUUUUACUAUAGUCACUGAGCUACUUGGUGACUCUAAAUGAUAUGUCACAAACACAAGAGAAUUCAUCUUUUAUUUGACUACAGAGAUGUAUGUUAAGUUUGUUCGAAUCUGUAUAAUUUCAGCAACUUUUUAUGUAGUUCGACAAACCUAUACUUUUUUUUUUAAUUUAUCCAAAGUUCAUCCUCUUGCACAGCUGUGCGCAUGCUCUGUCGCUCUCUUUCUUUUGGUGUCUGUGUGCCCAUUUCCUCUCAGCCUUAUGCAAACAAUAUGCAAGAAAUUCUGAAACUUGAGUAAAACGGGUCAUUGCAGAGGGAAAAUGAAAAAGCCGAUAGAUCAUUUUUGAGGGGGGAAAAGGAUUGUUAGCUGUUUCAUGAAAAGACGUUUUAGAAAAAAAUCUUUAAAAACUGUUACUAAACUGUUAACAUACAUCUGCAAAACAAUGAAAGAGGGAUUUAAAGUACAAUGGGAUUCUUAAAAUUGUUUCCUUUUUUUUUUUUAAGUACAGCAUUCUUAUGGAUUGGAACGUGAUUUUUCAUAAUCAGCCAUGUAUCAUAUUUUUGUUCAUUUUUAAUAUGAGAUAGUUAGGGUUUGGGUUGGUUUUUUUAAUGUCAUUUUUGCAUUUGCAAUAUUAUAUAAAAUUGUUGCCCUCAUCCCCAGCCCGCCCCUUCCCACCAGCCUACCCACCCACCCCCACUUCUGAACACUCCCAAACUCUGUAAUGAAAUCUGUCCUGUAUGAUGUGUUGCAAUUGGAGUGUUUGUUUGUGGAUUCCCUUGGCUGGAUGGCUGGAUGGCUGGAUCCACCCUUGGCAAAGCAACAGAAACUCAUACUGGCCAGUGUUGCUUAAGGACUCCUGCUGUUGCAUUUUCAGAUCUGCACAUGUGUCCUUGCACAAGGCAUCUUGUCUGAGAAAGUGAAAGCAUGCACAGACUGGGAUCUGAAGGGCUACUUUGGGUGCAUGCUAUAGGGUUUUUAGAAAUUAUUUUCCUUUGAACACCCUCCUUGUGCCAUGUCACCAAUCUGCUUUGAAACUCAGUUUUGAAACGGGGGAGGGGGCCGUUGCCUCAGAAAAGGGUCCUAAUCUUCCUUUUGCCACACACAAAUAGCCUACCACUCUUUUGGAUCCUAGACACAGCAGGCUCAGUAACAGAUCUGUGAGUUGUAAGACUGAUGUUGCUUUCGUGACUCAGGAAGCUUGCAGAUCCAUCAGGAAGUCAGCCACUUGCAUCACUGAUUCACAGCUCAGUCCUGUGCAUGCCUACUUGGAAAGUAAGUGGCAUUGUAUUCAACAGGGCAUGUCCUGAGGAAAGCAUGCCUAGGAUUGCAUCCUCAGGCAGAUGAUAUCUCUGCAUAUUUUUGAGCACAGGAGGAAAUAUGUGGGAGUCAACAUAUGGCUGGGGGGGGGGACGCUUACUGAGAACCAGGCCUCAGAGGGGUUGCUGUUGAGUGCAGUUCAGCCACCAGUGCGUUUGCACACCAACCAUUUACUUUAAGGGGACAUGUAAGGGAGUUACAACUCCAUGAAUAAUGGCUUUGCAGUGCAAUCCUGUGCAUGUUUACUCAGAAUAAAUCUCACCCUGUUCAAUGGAACUUACACCCUAGUAAGUGUGUUUAGGAUUGCAGCCCUCUUCAUCUAGUUAUUGGCCCAGUAAAAAUGACCCUUUUAAUGCCCUCACUGGCUACAAAAACUGAAUGGCAUAGAUUGAAUGUUGUAGGUACAUCAAAUCCGGUAAGGAGAUUGCUCUGACCUCCUCCGAUUUCAUUCUCAACUUUGCAUAUUAGUUAAUACAGUAGCUAUCUCUAGGACACUUUAGUUCACAGAGUAGGUUCAGAAGCUGGAGUCCUUUUUUUAAUCCCUAAUACAUUUCACAUCCAUAAAAUUGGGAAAAAAGUGAAACUUUAUGAGGAAAAACUAAUUUCCUCUUCCUCCUGAAAGGAUUUUGAUGCUAAUGAUCUGAUUUUUACCAUGUGCCUGAUUAAGGCCUUAGAAUAUAUUGUAUGUUAAAGACUGUAAUAACUUUUUUAAAGAAAAAGAAACUAUUAGUUGAUAGCCUAAAAUAAUUGUAAAUAGAGUUUAAAAAAAUUGUUACUAGGCUACAACAGGUUAAUUCAUGUUGCAUUAUUUUCCAUUACUUUUGUUGUUAGUUUUAAAGGAUUUUUUUCAUUAUUGCUUUUAUAUAUAUAUAUAUAUAUUAUAUAUAUCUUUAGUAACUAAUGAAUUUAAUUUUUGAAGGAGAGUUAGAGAAUGUUUUAAGAUUUUUAAAUCAUGUAUUCAACUCAUUUAGUUAUCUUCUAAAACAACACUGAAGCGCAUGUCAAGAUAUAGAGAAAAAAAUACAGUCCAUAACUAGUUUGUAUAGUUUACAGUUUGAGAACAAACAAAAAGAUUAACUUUGUAUGUAACUCCUACAAUGAUAGAUUCAUUGUUAACUAAUUAUAUUAAGUUGUUGUUGCUAUGGCAACAAAACUACAACAUGGCUACCUUUGUAUACAUUAUUUGUGAAAUUUUCACAUGUAAAUUUUAAAAAAAAGAAAUGUGUAACAGUAUGGGUUCGUCUAAGGUACAGUUCGAUACUGUCAGAGAAAGAUAAGACUGAAUAUUUUUAAAAUCCCAAAGUCCCAUGUGAACGCUGGAUCUGUGUCUUUCAUGUCACUUUUUCAGUCAAAAAGUUUACAACACAUGGAUUUAGAGUCAGGUUUUAUAGCUUGUAGAAAUUGUUGUGUGAGUUCGGGUUAUUCCACAAUAUUUUUCUCCUAGUAAAGGCUGCCACAGCACAGCUGGGCCUUUGUUUCAUUCCUGUAUACUCUAGAGCUGAAACAAAUGUAAGAAAUUUGAUUCAGAAUUUGAUCAACAAUUGGUAGAGUGUUCAGUUUUGCAACAAUCAAAAUAAAAUUGCACUUAGAGUCACAAUUCAGCAAAAGUCAGCGACACCAAUGGCCCAUUGUUGCUGCGUUCAGUGGGACUCAUUGCAGCUAGUAUCUGCUUAGAUUUUUGCACUGUGCCUAAGAUUUUUAUUCCUCUUUAGAAUUUCACAAGGAAAAAAGAUUGGGUUGAAUGCCCAGAAUCAGAGUUGUGUAGCCAGUAAAGUCAUACAGCCAUUCAUCAGUGGGUUUUGUUUUGUUUUUGAAUGCAGGAAAUUAAUCCAGUUCUGAACUGUACAAUCUUCUUGUUGUUGUUACUGCUAUUUGUUUCAACACUAGUAAAUUCAUAACUAAAUAGUAUUUUUACACUGCAAAAAAAAACACUGCAUUUUUACAAUUGGGAGCCUUUAUGUGAUUAUGUCAAAAUCAUGACUAGGGCAAUAUAUAUAUAAUUUAUAAUAGCAAAAAAAGGGUGGGGGGAAAAGAAACAACCUGUAAGUAAGAAAAAAAAUAUUGUGGAACAACCCUGUAACAGUGUUGAAGAAACCAAUAUGCUGCAGUCAAACUGAUUCAAUUGGUGUAGGAAUGUGUAAGACACAUCUUUUUUGCACUUAUGUACAUAGUCCACGAAAGAAAUCCUUGGAACUUAUUUUGAAUAUAUUAAAAAAAAAAGUCUGUAAUAAUACAAGGAAAAGUUUGUAAAAGAGAUUACUAAGGCUUUGAAAAGGAAGAGAUUUUUUGCUAUAAAACUUAUCUGAACGCGUGAUGUUGCUCUGCUAUUGUACAAGCUUCGUAGUUUGCCAUAUAGCUUACAAUACAGCGGACUGAUGCUGGCUCACUUUCAACCUGCAGUUCAGAAAAAAAAAAAAGGACAAACAAAACUAUGGGAAACAACACUUAAUGUAAUUUAAAAGUAAGGUCACCAGCAAAGGUUUUAAAUGGUUGGUUACCGAUCGAAACGGGGUAUAAGCACAUGAGCCCUGCUGAAUCAGACCAGAGGCCUAGCUAACAUCCUCUCCACAAGGAGGACGUAGACUGGAUGGGCCCCUUCCCUCAUUAGCUGUGGCUGGUGCUCCAUGGCACACUGACUAACAGAGCCGCAGUGGCUAAUAGCCAUGGCUGGACCUCUCUCAUCUCUUCUCCUCAUGCUUUUCCCUCUCACUCAUUAACUCUCUGUAUCAAUAAGAAAGUCCAUUCCCCCCCCGCCUCCUGGCUAUAUUGGGACUUCUGCAUGUGUUACAAAUAUUUGUGUGGAGGGUCUCCAUGAAUUCAGCAACAGUAGGCAUGUUCAGGCAUUUGUGGGGAAAGUUCCAGACUGAUCUGGGUGCAAGGAUGUUGGGAGUGGGGCUUGUGUUCAUGCUCCUAGCAACCCACCCACAGAUACAGUGUCCACAUGUUCAAGCAAACAUCUGGACGUACCUGGUGUUUUACGUGCAUCGGAUCUGAUGCUGAACCCGCCCCCCGCCCCCCAAUCCUACUCCCAGAUAGCUUUGCUUGUACCGCUUCAGAGAUUCGAAGUACAGGCUGGGAAGAGAAAAACUGAGAAGGUUAAAGGACCACCUGUCAACCUGCAUUAGGAAUCUUGGGGAAUGUGGUCUAUAAUUUUUCAGGCCUGUAGGGAUCUGUUUCACAGUGACUUGAGGCAAAUUUGAGUAACCAGUUUCCAAGAGGUCACCUGAGAAUGAUAUACAACAAUGUGGAGAACUGCAUGGCAUCCACACAUGCAAUGUGGAGAAUUCUACCUUUCCCCCGUUCUUCCCUUGAUUCCUAACUAGUGGUUCUUGUGCGGUAAAACUCCCCUCUCCACAUGGGCAAGUACUUGAGGGGGCCAGUUUUUCACUUGGGUUCUCUUGGCAGUUGCCUGUCUGUGUGCACAUACUUCAGCCAAUGGGAGUCUGGUAGACAGGCAGGAUAUUAAAUGCAAGCAAGAAGUAGUGCCAGCUGUAGUAAACAGAGUAAGAGCCACCAAAUUUGGGGCAAUGCUGUUCACAAAGCCAUAUCUUUGAAGGGGGUGAUAUGUAAACAAGGCCUUCAUUUCCUUCAUGCUAGAGGGGAGCCUGCCUUCCUGCUAUCAAAUCAGGAGGUGCGGGCAGUUUGCCAGGAGAAGCAGGCUUCCCUCACAUCAUGUGUGAGGCUCCGUCCUUAACCAGGAACAAGUCACUUAGACUGGGGAGCAAGCUGAAGACUAAGGCUUUAUAGAACCUGAUAGACAGGCAUUGGCCUCAUAGGGGUCAGCUGACAGAACACUCAGCCAGGCUAGUACUGCAGCCUAGAUGCCCACCGUGAAGGACAGAGCUCCAUCUACCAGACUUGCAAUGGAAACAGGACUGGAGGCACAGGUACUAGGACCAUAGCCUCACCGCUAGGAGCCCCAGUUCCAAGACAGACCCAACACCAGUCAAACCCACCCUGCCCAUUUUGGAAGAGACGCUCAGGGUGACAAAUCUGAGAAUCCCACAGCCCAAAGCACUUUCAGCACAUAUCUCAUCACAGCUCCAAUUUAUACAUGAGCCGGAACAGCCCAGUUCGCUUAAAUGUUGCAAGUAGCUUAAUGCUUAGUUGUCUCCAACAUGACAAACAGAGCUCAGAGGAGCAUCAGAUGGAACUGCAGGCUGAUUAGAUGCAAGUAAAUUUCGUACCAACUUCAGUCUGAAGAUGUCACCAGCUCAUCAUCAGCGUGGCGUGUGCUUCUGGCUAUCCGGAAGAGACAAGGUUAAGUUCCUUUGCAUGUGAUUAAGAUGGGUGGAAAGAGAACGAGCCAGUCAGUGAGGUCUCAUGAGAAGAGGGUACUUGCACUUCUCAGAUCUUCUCAGAGAAAGAAAAAUCCCAAUUAUCAAGAUAAUGGCAUCUCCCUAUGAGGAAGGCACGUCAGUUCUCAUGCACCAUGUGUCACAUGCAAAGCAACACAAAGGCCUUAAGAGCCAUAUUGAUAAAAAGCCAGUCUGAGGCAAGCCUUUUAAAAGUUGCUCUCUGUUGUGUUGGGUGAGGGGCAGAAGUCCCCUAAAACUGAACUAGAGGAGACAGUAUUUCAGGAUAGGGAUGGUGAAAGAUUGCAGCUCCGGGCGUCAUGACAAGCACCCAAAAUAAAGCCUUUGCUGGUGACCUUCACAGCCGUAUUUUCUACAAUCAGAAAGGUACAUGCCUCCCAAGAGUAGGCAGCCAAAGCAUGCAAGAACAGAAACAAAACAACAACCAGCCAACAACACAAUUGAAAUGAUGAAAACCAAGCGGUCUUUUCCAAACACACAACAGAGGGAAAUUACCUGACACAGAAUUACAAGGUUCCAGAUCUUUAUUACUGUACACAGAUGCUAUUUGAUAGUGGUGGAAGCCAAAUGAUUUUUGUUGCCAUGGCUCUUGUAUCCUAGCAGCUGAGGGAAUGACAUGGCCGUUAAUCGAAGGAUGGGAGAUGGCUGGGGGGAGAAGGGGGAAUGUAUCUUCAAAUUCAUCACCUUUAAAUUCACAAACUUCAAGAGGUACCAGGUAGGCAACCUGAGAAUUGCUUAUCUAGAGAGAGAAAAAUUUGCCAAAAUUCAGAAGCCAAUUUAAAUGCCACCCUGGGCUCCUACUGGGAGGAAGGGCAGGAUAUAAAUCUAAUAAACAAAUAAAUAAAUCCUAAAAUUCAGAACUAGGAGAUUAAAAUAUUGAUGUUUUUUGUUUUUUAGAAAGUUGAGAAUUGGGGGGUUGUGUUGUUUUAACUCCAAAUCAGAUUUUCAGGAACAAAAUCCCUUGACUUUUCAGAUUAAAAUUUGAAUUAUGCUACAAAAUAAUUCUUUGACAACAGCAGAAAUCCAUAAAGAAGAAAAACCUCUCAGACUUUGGCCAACUUCAAAUUCUUGAUUCAGACUUUCACACAAGAGAAACAUGGGGUUCUGGUUCCAAACCAAAUAUUUACAAUAUUUGCAUUCUGUCCUAUCUUAUUUCCGUUUGAACGCCAGUUAAUGAAAAUUUAAAAUCCAGAAGAGCAUGUUCCCUUUAAAAAAAAAAUUAAAGUCAGUAUUCAAACACUACUUAAAUAUUACUGGAGAUUAUGUAAAAGAGAUAAUUCAGACAUCUUUAACUGUAUUUUAUUAGGAAUUUCCCACAAAAUAGGUGAUACAGUAGGCAGCAUAAAUAAAUAUUCACUUAAAUGUUGUGAUAAUAGUUCAACAUUGAUGUGAUUCAUAUAACAUAAGGUAAUUCAGACAUUUUAACAGAUUAUACAGACAGGGAAUAUAUUACAGAAAUUGAUUUAAUCUUUCAAGUGUAGUCACAGUACCAUGAAAUUUUAAAAUGUCCUACUGCCCGCUGUCUUGAGGUCUGUGCAUUUAUGGGUUUUCCUUCCUUAGGUUUCCAUGGGAGGCAUAUACACAGUUCAAACUAGCAGGUGCUGGUAUUGGCCACAAUCUCACAUGCACUUAAAUGGAAGCUUUAUGGAAACCCAUGUAACUUGCUUCCUGACCUGGAAUUUAGGUUCAUAAUUCCAUUGUGAUACAGAUUUGGAUUAUUCCAAUAUAUCUGUAGCAUGCCGGCCACAGGUCGCCCCCUCAGCUGCUAUCGACAGGGUGUAUGCUUUGAAUAUCUUUUCCUUUUUGCCACAUUUAUAUUGGCCUAGUGCUUGUUUGUGCUUUCUAGAAAUGUGCAUAAUGCAACUCAUUUUACUAUGUUACUUCUAUAUUGUUAUUGUUUAAUUUUUUUUGGAUCUUUUAAUAAAGUGUAUAAAACUCUCUUUAUGUUUUUUAUGAACCCAUAUCAACACAUUUAAUAAAUAGGAGUUUACUUUUUGA